GCCAGAUUUCGGCAAUGAUGUGGGCUGGAGACUCGCUUCCUCACGUGGGGGUGGGUGGGGGGAAUCCGAUUUCCAGCCUCUUCCCUUGUUAGAAGCAUGGCCAGCUGUGUUUAGCACCUCCAGCAGGUGGAACAAGACCAGCUCCUGAGCCACCUGAAAGUCCAUCAUGUCCAUUAGGAUCCCCAUCUUGUGCCUUGCGAGCAUCAUCUUUGCUACCUGCCGAGGAGGGAAACUGCCUGCACUUGAAGAAGGAGAGAAAUGUCCAGAAAUGCGGCAGGAAGGUCUCCGGUUGGACCCAAGCAGCAACAGCCAUGUAAAUAUAACUGGAUUUAAUCUCAUUAGAAGGUUUGCCUUCCUGAAGACCUCAGCCAUCAAGAAAAUCCGCAAUCCCAAAGGCCCCAUGAUUCUGAGGCUUGGUAGCACCCCUCUGGUUCAAACUACUGAACAGCUGUUCCCCUGGGGACUGCCUGAUGAAUUCACCCUGGUGAUCACUUUACUCUUGAAGAAACAGACAACCAAAGAGAACUGGUACCUUUUUCAAGUCGCUGAUCAUCAGGGAUACCCCCAGCUGUCCCUGGGGAUCAACAGCAAAGAACGAAGCCUGGAGUUCCAAGCCAAGGGCCAGGACGAGGAGUUCAUCAAGGCGGUCUUUACUGGCAAAGGAAUCUCCUCCCUUUUCGACUUGAAGUGGCAUAAGAUGGCCCUCAGCGUCCAAAACCAGGUGGUCUCGGUCCAUGUGGACUGCAGUUAUAUCUUAUCCAAGCCACUGCCACCCCGCCAGCGGUUGGUCAGUGAAGGCAACGCAUUCGUCGGACUGGACGCUGUCCAAGGUGCUCCUGUCUCAUUUGAUAUUCAGCAGCUGCACAUUUACUGUGACCCAGCCAUGGUGAUGCAGGAGGGAUGUUGCGAGAUAUCCGAUAAUGGGUGUGUUCCUGAAGCCUCCAAAACUCGGCGGGACGUAGAAAUCCUGCAGAGCAAUGACCUGGUGGAGAUCAACCCUCAAACUGAAAGCAAGGCCUAUUCACGUUGCUUCUGCCUGGAGGAAACUCAGGGCAAGCAGGAAGAGCUGAGAGUUUCUGGAAAGAUUGUUGACCAAGGGGAGAAGUGUCCCCCAUGUCCCCAGGGGUUGCAACAUGCAAAUGCCACGUUGGGUUCUCCUGGCUUAAAGGGUGGAAAAGGUGAGCGUGGACCUCCUGGGGCAUAUGGGCCCAAAGGAGAGAAAGGUGACCGGGGUGCAGACUGCGUGAGGAUCUCACCUGAAGCUCCUCUAAAGUGUGCUGAAGGACCAAGGGGAGAAAAAGGAGAGCAUGGUGAAAAGGGGCCGCCCGGAUUGAUGGGAAGUGUUGGACAGAAGGGUCAGAAAGGUGACAAGGGAGACUUUGGCAUUCAAGGCAAACCUGGAUCCCCAGGGCGUGACGGACGGCCUGGAGAGAUAUGCGUGGUGGGACCCAAAGGUCAGAAGGGUGACCCCGGGCUUGUUGGACCUGAAGGGCUUGCUGGAGAGCCAGGACCCCCAGGCGUGCCAGGGAUCCCUGGAGCUGGUCUUCCAGGAAAAUCGGGUGAUCCAGGUGGCCCCCCAGGCCCAAAAGGAGAAAAGGGGAGUUCGGGACCACCAGGGCCCAGCGGCUCAACUGGGAAGCCAGGAAAACCAGGAGGUCCUGGCCUGAAGGGAGAAAAGGGGGAUCCAUGUGAAGUUUGUCCAGCCAUCCCAGAAGGUUUAACCAAUGCAGUCAGAAUCCCUGGGAAACCAGGACCUAAGGGGGAACCUGGGCCACCAGGGAAGCCAGGAAAAUCGGAUCAGCCUGGCCCUUCAGGACCUAAAGGCAACAGGGGAGACCCUGGGAUCAAUGGAAUCAAAGGAGAGAAGGGUGAGUCGUGUCUUUCAUGCAGCCCCAUGGCCCUUGCAUCCACACUGGAGGCUCCUGGAAAAGAAGGGCCCAAAGGAGAACAAGGGCCACUGGGAGAAUCCGGCCUUCCAGGGCCUGCUGGAGUCAAAGGAGAAAAGGGAGAUACUGGACCUGUAGGACUCACAGGAAAACCUGGCGGCCGAGGGAGCAAAGGUGACUCUGGAGAUACAGGAGCCAAAGGCGAGAAGGGAGAACCUUGUGAACAGUGCUCUUCUUCUCUCGAAGGCGGGAAGACAGUGGUUGCCAUACCGGGUCCUCUGGGAAAGAAGGGAGAGCCAGGGCUUCCUGGAACUGGGAUUCCUGGAAAACCAGGGAAACCUGGAGAAUCCGGAAUAAAAGGGCAGAAGGGUACUGCAGGAGACUCAGGAGAUCCUGGUACACCAGGCCCAGCAGGAGUUCCUGGCCUUGCGGGUGAGCCAGGAGUCAGAGGACCAGCAGGGGCCAAAGGUGAAAAAGGUGAAGCUUGUGAAUCCUGCCCCAUCUUCACUGGAGACCUGUCUGGCAUAUCUGGGAUCCCAGGGAAACCAGGUCCAAAGGGAGACCGUGGACCUCCAGGUGCAGGACAGCCAGGCAAACCUGGGAAACCAGGACUUCCAGGAAUUCGAGGACCUCCUGGCUUGAAGGGGCUACAGGGGGAGCCAGGUCCCCCUGGGGUAGGAAUCCAAGGUCCCCAGGGGGAAUCUGGAGAGAGAGGCUUACCAGGCAGCUCUGGACUCCCAGGACCUCAGGGAUCCCCAGGAAAAGUUGGGGGGAAAGGUGAAAAGGGCUCUCCAGGUGUGAAAGGUGCUAUAGGGUCCCCUGGACCUCCAGGAACCAGCAUCACUGGCCCACCAGGACGAGAAGGUCAGCGGGGUCUUCCAGGAAUUCCUGGCUCCAGUGGUUUGAUGGGUGAAAAGGGGACCAGAGGUGAGAAGGGUGAUCCUGGGGAAUGUACUUGCCCGCCCAGCUCCCGUGUGGAUCCGAGUCAUGUUGGUCUGCCGGGAGCCCCAGGACUGUGGAUCGGGACUUCCUGGCAGCCUCAGCCGGGCCCUCAGGGACCGCCAGGUUCUCCAGGACCACCUGGCCCACCAGGAGCUCCUGGGAGACAGGGCAUCCCAGGACACAAUGGCUUACCGGGACUGCCUGGGCCAGCGGGAAACUCGGGACCACUGGCUGCUGAAAGCAUUGAUGUGCUCAGGAACAUUUGUGGGGACUGUGCUCAUUUUCAAGCCUUCCAGACACCUGGUGUAGUCAAAGGGGAGAAGGGAGACCAGGGUAUGCCGGGAGCCCCUGGUAUCGACAACUGUGCACGGUGCUUUGCCCAAUUCCCAAGUGCAGAAGAAGCUCGGGGAGAGAGUGAAAAUGACCAAGAUUGUGCUGGAGCACCAGGCAUUCCCGGGAUCCCUGGCAUACGUGGUGAAAGAGGGGAGCAGGGCCCACCUGGUUUGAGGGGCCUUCCUGGACCGCCUGGGCCCCCAGGUUUUCCUGGAACGCCUGGUGCACCUGGAUUACCUGGUAUCCAGGGUGAACGUGGACCAUCUGGGUUCCCUGGCUCCAAAGGAGAAUCGGGUCCUCCAGGACAGCCCGGAUACCCUGGUGCCAUGGGUCCCCCUGGGCUACCUGGCGCUAAAGGGGAAAGAGGAUACCAUGGUCCACCAGGUGAAAAGGGUGAAUCGGGGCCUCCUGGUUUGGAUGGUCCUGUAGGUCCAGUUGGGCCAGUGGGUCCAAGAGGAGAACGAGGACUACCAGGCAGUGCAGGAGAAAAAGGCGAUCAGGGAUUUCAAGGCCAGCCGGGUUUCCCAGGGUCACCUGGGCCUCCAGGGUUCCCAGGAAAAGCAGGAUUACCUGGACCACCUGGGCCUCCCGCAGAAAAGGGCAGCGAGGGGACGCGUGGCUCACCUGGAAUGACUGGCCCUGCAGGGCCUCCAGGACCUCCCGGGUUACAGGGGCCCCCUGGCUUGGAUGGACUGGAUGGGAAGGAUGGGAAAGCAGGAUUACGGGGUGACCCUGGACCCCCAGGACCCUUGGGAAGGAUGGGACCACCGGGCUUCAAAGGGAAGACAGGCCACCCAGGCCUUCCAGGGCAAAAGGGUGAUUGUGGCCAACCAGGGCCCCCUGGGAGUCCUGGCCGGUCUGGGCCUGAGGGGGAGCCAGGUCCAUUGGGGCCUCAAGGUAGACCAGGUCCUCCUGGCCACGUUGGUUCUCCUGGAAGCCCUGGGCAGCCGGGCCCAGCUGGACUUGCUGGACUUGGGCAAAAGGGUGAGAGGGGAGCAUCUGGAGAAAGAGGCAUCAGUGGGAUUCCAGGCCAGCCAGGGCCACCUGGCCACCCAGGACCACCGGGCGAACCAGGUACAGAUGGACAAACGGGCAAAGAGGGUCCAUUUGGAAAACCAGGCCCCACCGGACCAGCUGGACAGAAGGGUGAACCUGGAUCUGCAGGGGAGAGAGGAUACCCUGGAGAGAAAGGCAGGUCUGGAAUGCCUGGGGGUCCUGGGAAAAGUGGCCCCAUGGGCCCCAUUGGACCACGUGGCCCUGCCGGGGAGAGAGGACAGCCUGGCCCACCUGGUCCUUCAGGAAACCCUGGUACCCCUGGAUUGCCUGGGACAAUGGCAGAUGCUGUGAAUUACGAUGAAAUCCGGCGAUUCAUCAGACAGGAACUGAACAAAAUGUUUGAUGAGCGGAUGGCAUAUUAUACUUCCCGGCUACAGUUCCCAGUGGAACUGGCUGCGCAGCCAGGAAGACCAGGGCCUCCUGGUAAGGAUGGAGCCACUGGGCGGCCAGGAUCUCCUGGUGCCCCAGGAAUGCCUGGACAGAUUGGGAGAGAGGGACGGCAGGGACUGCCAGGAAUGAGAGGUGAGCCAGGUGCCAAAGGAGACAAAGGAGACAAGGGGAUUGGAAUCAUGGGAGAGACUGGGCUCCCUGGCCCUCCAGGCAUCCAAGGACCUCCAGGAUAUGGCAAGGUCGGUCUUCCAGGGCCGAUGGGCCAGCAGGGCAUUCCAGGUAUCCCAGGACCUCCAGGAGUAACGGGGCCUCCCGGAAAAACAGGCCACUGCAACCCUUCCGAUUGCUUUGGCAUGAUGCCUCUGGAGCAGCCAAUGUAUCAACCCAAAAACAUGAAGGGGCCUUUAGGCUGAAGAAACACACGGACAGGGGUUUUUUAUUUUCUGCAAAGGACUCCACUGGGAAUAGCCAAAGGUCUGGUCCUCAGGACUGGUGGGAAUUAAGUUUUGGGUUUUUUUACAUUGCUGUUAAUAUUUUGUCUCCCCUUCCCCUCCAGUGGGGUUUAUCUUCUCAUGAUGGCAUUUUAAAAAGAAAAUAAGUGUGAGUGUUUGUGUAUGACUUGUAUUCUAAAGAUACUGUCCAUCUGUGGUCAACAAAGCACAUUUUCAAAA